AUGACAACACAGCAAUACAUGGCAAGCAAUACGAGCAACGGUACGCAGGAAGGUGACUUCGUAGGACCUGAUAGUAAAGCUCGCGAGUCCCUACCAACGCAAAUAAGCUCAGUUAAUCAAAUUAAAGAAGCGCUGUCAAACAAAAUAAAACCAGAUAACUCGAAAGUUGUCGCUGGUAAAAUUGCAGCUUUGAAAGUGCACAACAACAAUUAUUCAGAUUUUGCGAAACAGGUAGAGGAGCUCGCAGACUCCCUGGAGCGUUCGCUUAUUAUUGAAGGGAUGACACAAGCGAAAGCUCACGAGAUAGCAGUCGAGCAAACAAUAAAUGUUUGUAGGCUCAACAGCCGUUCAGAUAUGGUAAAGUCAACCUUCAACGACUCAAAAGAUGUUGUAGCGAAGAUGAUUGUGGAGCACGACAAUAUAAUAAAAGAGCGGCAGGUGUGGGCUUUUAGGUCACGUCCCAUACGAGCAAAUAAUUUUCGAGGAGGUUAUAGAGGCAGCAAUAACUACAGAUAUCACAAUAACAAUUUUAUGUUUAACGGCAAUUCAAAUAGGCACAGCGGCAAUACUAGCUAUCGAAACAACAAUCAGAAUAGGAAUAAUAGUUUCAGUAAUAGACGAAAUAACUACAAUAAUA